UUGAAAACCCAGAAUUCUGUUUCACCAAAAACAGUGCAGAGAUGGUUCAAUCGCACCAAUUUUGCUGGCAGCUCUAGCUAAAUGGGUUUUUGAUCUUUGUUUUCUCCUUUAGAUGUUCUAAAUCAAUUCUGUGGAAUCUCCGAGGACGAUAUGAUUGGGAUGCUAACGUUGGAGGUGGAAAUGAAAGGAUCAGAAAUGGAGCAAAAGGACUACAGCGACUCUGAAGGAGGCACAAAGUCUCCAGAGGUGAGGGCCUUCUGCGACCUGGUAGAGAGAGAAGCGCACAGAAUACAAUUGCUUAAUGGAAGAAUUGGUGGUGAUCAUCCAGAGAAGCCAUCAACCAACAACUUCAUUGUCUGGCAACCGUCCUUUAUAAUGGAGGACUUCGGUUUGAAGGAGGGUCUUUCGGGGUUCAGUUCUUCUGGUGGAGGGAAUAAGGGAGGAGGUUGUGAUGAAGGAAAGGAGAAGAAAAGGUUGAAGAGAACGUUAAAGAGGCCAAGAGAUCUGCUGGUGGACAUGGCUCCUCUUCAUGUUUCUAAGGAGAGGUUGUUAAGCUCAAAGAAAGGGACGAACUCGAGCAGUGUUGUAAUAUGCGAUUUGAACAAGGAAGCUGAUGAACCAACUGAGGGUGCUGACUUAUGGCGUCUUUGGUGCGGACAUUGACGCUAGAAGUAGUAGGGUAAAUAUAUAUAGUUACAGAAUCUAGUAAAUAACAAUGGCACGCCAUGGUCAUUGACCCAUCACCCAUGUAAGAAAAUAAUAUUAAAU